AUGCUUAAGUUGCCUACAAUUGCUCAUACCGUGCAGGCGGACUGUCAGCCUGCGGCUGGGAUGGGCAGGGGUCCCGGACUCCCACAUUUACCUUCGUGGGAUCAACCAGCAGUAAUCAAACUGGACCCAAUUAAUCCACCAAGUCCCUACAGGCCGAGCCUCCCUCGGCAUAGGUAUCCAACUGUAUUAGAGUCGCUUCCCCGUGUUUCAGGGGUGAGGGCCGAGGCGUCUGCGAGGCCGGGUUUACACUCCUUCGGUACGAAGGGCACAGUAAAACCUGACGAGUCGCUCUUCGAAUACGAGUAUGCGUGCGUCCUCAACAUAUGUAAAAGGGAGAAAGAAUCUAGAGACGACAUUAUAUUUGAGGAACAGCGGAUUUCUGUCCGUCUAUGGGUAGAUUAUCUUGCUGAGGCUGGGAUUCACCUCAGUAAUGACAUCUGUUUGAGGGAAGAGGAGGCACGCAACCUAAUUGAACGUGAGGAAGAGCGACGUUACAUGUGUUUUUUCAUUGAGAUGACCUCCACCGCCGACAACAUGCAGAGGCGUUUCGAGGCGAACCUACGUAAACAGAUCGAAGAAAUCAUGCCCGACUACAAGAGGAUGCGAGAAACAGCGGUUGAGGAGGAAAAGCAAGACUUGAAGACUCUACUAACAUGGUUCAAGGACAAUAGGCCUUUCAACAUGAUUCUUCCCUCCUUCUUUUUCGAAGAGGACAAAAACCGGCGCCGACUUCCUCCCAGUCUUUGCAAGAGGAAGGUAAAGCCAGUGACAAAUACCAGAAGCAAGAGGUAUGAUUCUAUUCAUACUUCGAAUAAGGACAAUUCGACGGACCGUUUCUUGGAAGAGGCAUUUCUAGAAGAGGGACGACGGGCAUGGAGAGUGGAAAAACAACGAGGGUUUGCUGGCCAUCGCAUGACCUUGAAGAUAAACGAUAUAAACAAUGAAGAGGUGGCGACGAGGGAUGAUAUCAUAAUGGAAGAAUUGCUUCAAAGGGUUGCAUUUGACACCGCCGCGAUAGCCAGCAUGUGCGAUGUGAAGAUGAAGGUGGCGAAGAGGAGGACCCAAGAAGCGAAAAUGGAGAAGGAACUUCUAAUCGAGGAGGAAAAGCGCAAAGCUAUACUUGACAAAUUGAAAGAGGAGUCAAUUCUCAAAGGGGAAAAUGAAUUGAAUAUGUGCCUCUUGGAUGAACCAACAGAGAAAGAGAUGCAGCUGGUAAAUGCCAUCCAACACAAACAAGGAGAGAGUGUCUCGCCGCCUGUGGAGGAUCGCAACUGUGAAAAACUCAGUGAAGAGGUGUCACCUUGCGGGAAGUACACAAAUCUCAAUUCACAAGAAGAACAUGAGGCCAUCCAAACCCUAAUCGAGUUCGAAAACAAUUUGCGUCAUGGCGGAGGUGGAGCGCCAGAUUGUCGUGCCACCGCCGGCGAUUCUGAUAGCAAAUGUGGGGGCGUAAGCCCUGCUGGACGCCUUGAAGGCCGUAGUCAGCAACGGCUGAGUCUACCCUUAGAGCGUGCCAGCUCGGCCGCACUCACGUUAAAAACGAGUUGUGAGUCAGAAGCCUUCAAAGAAUUUCAGGCGAGUAUUAGAUCCCGAGACAGCAGCGCCUCCAAGCGUACGGAUAUUGCCAUUUCGGUGGAGGAUGAGCGUGUCAUUUUAGAUGUCUUAAAGGUAUUUGAGGACAGCGCACGGAUGCGCGAAAACAUGAGUCCAGAGGAUCGCCAUGUGGCCGAAUGUGUGAGAAAUGUUGUGUGCGCGCCAAAUGGGUCAAAGGGACGCGACACUGACGUCAAGUCGAGCGGUGACGCAACUGCAACUCAAACAGAACUAGUCCGUUCUUUGGAGGAGGAGCACGAGAUUCUCAAUUUGUUGAUGGAACAAGAAUUGAAGUUACAGGUGGCUAACGACGCUGAAUUUCGGCGGCGACUAUCCGGUGGAGGAGUGAAAGAUUGUAUGUUUCAGCGGGGGACACCGGUUGGUGUUUGUUGUGGAGAAACACCAAGCACCUCCCCCGACUCUGCCAUGUUUCCAAUGCUGAAUAUUGUUUUGAGUAUCGCGGCGGAGCGAGAUCCGUAUGUUAUGCUUGGAAACUCCGCUCUAUCCGCCCUUGGAGAAGCCGAAUGUACCAUUGCCGCGUCCGCUGGUCGAAAAGUGGGGGAAAUUGCUCGUGUUUUCGCGCAGGCGCAGUAUACCCCACUCUGUCCAGUGUAUCUUCUGCGUGGGCUGUGGUGCACGGAAAGUUCUACCGGUUCUUCUCUUGACUCCGAAGAUGUAGAAGAACUGACUGUUCAGCUGUUGCAAUGGGAAGCAAGGGAGCGGAACGAAAUAAUCCAUACUCAGAUUGAUACUAUAUGGGAGCUUUACAACAAAGCCGCAAAAGAGGCCAGUUGCCUGACAAACACAGGAUAUGGCGAUGUAUAUUAUGUCGGUGUGCGGAUACACAACGAGUCUCUUAAGCGAAGGGAGAUGGAGUAA